GCGAGCUCAAAGGGCUGGAGCUCGACGUUCAUACUGAGCCAGGGCAUGCCCUGGUGGAUCGAGUCCAGGCGAUGCUAGACAGUGCGCAGGUGUUGCACAUCCCGCCCGAGAAGUGCAUUUCUCGACAGGAUGAAAUCUUGGGGGACAAGACCGAGCAAAAGUUGUCACUGGGGGCGGAUGGCAACAUCAAGAUCACGAAGCAAGCCACUUCCCUCCGAUGCGGGACCACCGGCGAGCUCAAGCUGAGGAGAUGUUACCUCCGACGGGCCUUGGCUUUCGAUCAGGUGGGUUUGGCAAGCUUCGGGGCUAUGGAAUCGUGGCAUAACAAAAUGUUUCAGGCCCUGCUCGAUGCCCCUCCAACGGGCUACCGCUACACCACAGUGCAACAAGUCUUAGCGGGAGAUCAGAAGCUUUGGCAGGUCGUCGCCCAAGAGAGCCGCGGUGACAUUACCAUCGGGGUGGGCCUCCCAGCUGGGGCCAAAGGAGAAGAGAAGGGGAAGCACCGAGGAGGCAAAGGCAAGAACGGCAAAGGCAAGGACAAAACGAAUGCAGAUGCCGGCCCUAGCACCUCGCUCAAGGAGCUCCUGGACAGCCUACCUGAGGGCUGUGUUCGGGCUACCGAUGAGGGUCGCUUUAUUUGCCCGUUCUACAACAAAGGGAUCUGCCGAUUCCAGAAGCGCAAGUCUUGCCGCUUCGGGAAGCACAUUUGCAACUUCAAGGGGUGUGGGGCCGCGCGAGCGGCUUGCGCGCCUGAGAUUCUUGCCAAGAAACUUUUGCGGCAGAGCGAUCCGAUUCGCGCCGCCCAGGUGGCCGACUUGUUCGAAGCUUUGCCACAUGACGUGUGCGACAGAGUUUGCAACCUCUUUUUGCUUAGCGAUGCAGUUUACACCAGUUUUGCAAUAUUUUCGAAAGUGAGAACUGGCGACCAUCGAGACAGCCAGAACUCCUUCCUGCCGAAUUACGUAAUUCCUUUGACCUCCUUCGAAGGGGGGGCGAUCCAGGUCAGUGAGCCGGGAAACGAGGUCGUCCUCGAUGUCUCUAAAGGCCCAGUGCAGUUCUGUGCCAGGCACUACCGUCACUCGACAACUCCAUUUCGAGGGCAGCGUAAAGUUCUGGUGCUGUUUUCCCUCAGUGCUGCCUCGCUCACUUCGGCUGAGGAUGCGACGCCGAUUGGGAAAUCGAAGCAUGCCUUUGUUGGAAACCCGCUGGUCCCCUUGGACCUUUCCAAGGAUGGGGAGGUGCAGGCCUUGCUUCGCCGCGACAACGAUUUGUGUCAAGCCUUGGUCACCAUUCUUUUUCGGGCUUUCGAGUCGGGCGCUCUUGUGUCACUGCUAGGGCACUCGGCUUUCAAGGAGUGGUUCUUCGCUUUGCAGGACCAAGAGCUGGACACGUGCAUGUAUGGUGCCCAGUUCAUGGAUUCCUCUGUGCCCCAGAAGCUUUGCAAAACCCUCUGCGAGUGUGCCACCGCAGCCUGCCUGGGCAAUGGGCAGCAUAAGCUAGUUCCUCUGGUCCAGGUUGCCCCAGGUGCCGAUUACAAAAUUCUCUCCCGAGCUCCAGGAGAAAUCGAUGGUGUUCAUAACACGAUGGAAGAGCACCUCAGUCUGGCUUCAGGGCCCUCCGUUCGUGCCGAUACCCGGGUGGGAGAAAUCGCUGGUGUUGAUCACACGAUGGAAGAGCACCUCAGUCUGGCUUCAGGUCUACCUAGCCCCGCAGAUACUAGUGACCGUUUGCCAGACCAGGUCCGUCGUAACAGUUUCGCGAUCCUUACCGAGGGCCCACUGGCGAUCUCCAGAAAGCGGAUGCUUGCCCUCCAACAGCUUAACAGUCAGCUAUCCGAGUUGGCCUCGAGUGAGCAGGAGCUUAGGAAGGGAAUGCAUCCAGAUGUAGAGGCAGUGACCAAGGGCAAGGCCAUCGCUGUGUUUCGUCAGCUGCUUGAAGAAACAAACUUCCCUGACAUGUCAGUCGUCGACCUCCUGCAGGAGGGUGUGCCUUUGGUGGGGCAAGAGCAGGAGUCGCCGCUCUUUGCAAAGCGCCCCAAGCCCCGCGAACUUGAGCCCGAGCAGCUGAAGUCACAGGCGGUGUUGAGGAGAAGGCUGCUCAUGCAGAUGAAGGGGCUAACCUCAGAGCAGGACUUCGCUGCGAUGAAGGCCGAGACAGCCGAGGAAGUGGCCUCUGGUUUCUUGCAGGGUCCUUUUCACUCGGAGCGAGAGGUUAGCGAGCUCCUCCAGACGGAGGAAUGGUCUCUCUCCCCCCGCUUCCUUCUCAGGCAAGGUGAGGACUCUAAGAUCAGAAAAAUCGAUGACUUCAAGAUGUCAGCUGUCAAUCGAGCUUUCGGCUCGUCGUCCUUUCUUGAAUUGCAAGACACUGAUUAUGCAGUGGGCAUGCUGCGGUUCCUAUCUCGUGUCCUUCAGAAUCAGGAUUUGGUCAGGGUUCCUCUGUCGGAUGACACCAUCCUAGAAGGUGCCUGGGCUCCCGAGAUGCUCAACCGGCCCGCGCUCCUCGGCAAGACCCUUGACCUGAGCAAGGCGUACCGGCAGGUGGCGAUCCACCCCUCAACACGGGAGCAUGCUGCGCUAGGGUUCCCGAAUCCUAAGGGUGAAUGGGAGUUCUAUGUGGCCAAGAGCUUACCCUUCGGUGCAGCCGCCAGCGUCUAUGGGUUCAAUAAGAUUGCACUAGCUGUUCUGCACGUGAUGGUUUUGUUUGCCAUUGCAACUGAUUUUUACGACGACUACACCAUGUACGAGUUUAAGCCUGCUGCCACCUUGUUGGACAAAGUCUUGAUGCGGUUGCUUGACAUCCUAGGUUGGGCCUAUGCCAAGACAGGGCGCAAAUUUGUCCCUUUCGGCUCGAAAGUGGUUUCUCUUGGUGUUUCUUUAGGCCUUGGCGAACUAUGGGAGGGCAUCUUGACUGUGCAAAACAAGCCUGGCCGUCUUGAAAGGAUAGCUGAGCUACUCAGGGCCGUCGUGGCGGGCAAUGACAUCACCCGUUCAGAUGUGGCCUCCUUGCACGGCUUGAUCAACUUCGCGGGAGGCCUCAUCCUGGGAUUUGAGCUUAAACCCACCUCGAGGAUGCUCUCUCGAGCCUUGUCUGGACCUUUUGUGGGAAACAGCCCAGAACUUCAGCAAGCCUGUGCCCUAGCCUUAGACGUGCUCGCGCAGUGUCGUCCGAAGAGGUGCCCUGCCUCAGUGAAGCCACCCAUCAUCUUGUACACAGAUGGAGCCUACGAGCGUGGAGUCGCAGGUUGGGGGGCCGUCCUAGUGGACCGCCUCACAGGUGCCUGUUGGACAUUCGGCGGGAAAGUGGGCGACGAUCUUGUGUCCCACUGGCGGGCAGAAGCAGGCAUGCAGGUCAUCUGUCAGGUUGAGGCUUAUGCCUUGGCCAUCGUUCUCUUCGGGAUUCGAGGCUACGUGAAAGGCCGAUCGAUACUGGCUUUCAUUGACAACGACCCUUGCGCUCUUGAAGCUCUGCUUUGGUUUGAGCGAGUGCCUUCGAAGAGCAACCCAGCUGAUCUACCAUCUAAGCGCCACGAGCGGCUCAAGUCUAGGGGUGGGUUGUAG